AUGAGCAAGGCAGAACAGAUCCUGGCAGCCCUUGGCGGCGACGACAACAUCGACGACCUCGAGGCUUGCAUCACCCGACUGCGCGUCGAGGUCGACGAUCCGAGCCUCGUUGAUGAGCCUGCGCUCAAGGCUGCUGGUGCCUUCGGCGUUUGUCCAGCAGGGUACGUCCGUUCAGGAUCUGCGCUGAUGACCGCUAUCGCAUCUCCUCUCGACGGCACCCUGAUGCCGUUGUCCGAGGUUCCUGAUCCGGUCUUUGCGCAGGGUCUCGUGGGGCCCGGUGUUGCCCUCGAACCCACGGGUGAGGGCGACGUCACUGUAGUGGCUCCGGUGGCAGGACGCAUUGUCAAGCUGCACCCGCACGCUUUCGUCAUCCAGGCAGAGGGGUUCGGGGUACUCGUACACCUUGGCAUUGACACCGUCCAGCUCGAUGGGGAGGGGUUCACCCUUCAUGCUGAGGAGGGUCACGAGGUCGUCGUGGGAGACCCACUCAUCACCUGGAAUCCGGCCGGGGUCGUUGCGGGUGGCCGCAGUGCGGUCUGCCCGAUCGUCGUCCUCGACGCUUCCAGCGGAAGGAUCGGUGACGCCGCUGUUACCGGGGAGCGGAUUGCCUGCGGCGAUCAAUUGUUCCAGUGGUUGGACGUUCCUGAGCAGGAUGCCAAUGUCUGUGCCCAGCACGACUGA